UCCUUUUACCCACCAUGUUCUUUAUCAAAGAGCUAACACACCCCAUUCUCCUCCAUCCAUCCUAUUUUGGCCCUCGUAUGCUAAAUUUUCUGGAAUCCAAACUGUAUUCGGACGUCGAAGGCACAUGCUCUGGAAAAUUCGGAUACAUCAUCGCCGUUGUGUCAAUUCUGGAUAUUGGAAAGGGAAUGGUGAUUAGUGGAACCGGACAGGCGGAGUUCAUAACCAGAUAUAGAGCGAUCGUGUUCAAGCCUUUCAAAGGUGAGGUGGUGGAUGGCGUGGUUGCCAGUGUGACAAAGAUGGGCUUUUUCGCGGACGUUGGACCAUUAUCAGUCUUCGUUUCUCACCAAUUGAUUCCUCCUGACAUGAAAUUUGAACCGAACUCAAAUCCCCCUUCAUUUGCUUCUGACCAGCAGAUAAUCGAGAAAAAUACGAAGAUCCGAUUAAAGAUUGUUGGUACCCGUGUCGAUGCUACAGAAAUUUUUGCUAUUGGAACUGUAAACGAAGAGCAUCUCGGCGUGGUGGAUUAAACUCGUCAUUUUUUGGGACCGAUUCAACCGUAUACGUAUAUACAGGGUGCGAUGUUAUUGCGACGUUCCAUACUGCGGCAUGCAGCAAGGUACGCCGUACUCCUCAAAAGACUCUUGGUUCUUCAUGUCGGGGCGGAUGUCGCCAGAGUAGUUAAGGUUCGAACAUACUUUGUGAAAAAAGGGAACAUGUGCUUGCGAUGUAGCUUACACAUAUGUACACUACAUAUAAUGAAUAAUUUUU